ACGCUGGAGGAUUACUUCCGGUGCUCGGAAAGGGCGGGACGGAUUUGAAGCGGCGAAUUUUUGUUUUCUCCUCAGAGACGAUGUCUCAGGACCGCGCGGAGCCGUCGGACACCUUGGUCCUGGAAGAACUGGCAAGCUGGUCCGAGGACCUAUGCCGUCAGGAGUUGCCUUCUGUCCUGCCCCGGCUUCUCUCGAUGUAUCAGUGUUGCAAUAACUGGCAGGAUGACAUACGAGUUCUCAAGAUUCUUACAGAAAUGUUUCUACCUCAUAUCAACUACUUAGCAUUGGAACAAUCAUUUUUUUCACAAGUAUUACCAAAGACUGUAAAAUUAUUUGAUGAUAUGAUGUAUGAUUUAUCUAGCCAGGCAAGAGAAUUAUCAAGCCAAAAUUUUGAACUCCAAGUUACACUAAGGAAUAUUUUACAAUCAAUGGUGCAACUCUUAGGAGCGCUUAAAGGAUGUGCACAACAUGUUUGUUCUCUUCAGGAAUCCAUAGUUUUAGAGAAUAUACAUAGCCUCCCCUCUUCAGCCCUUCAUGUGAUCAAGAGCACGUUUGUACAUUGCAAGAAUAGUGACUCUGUGUACUCUGGACGAUUGCACCUGGUUUCAGAUCUUCUUCAGGCCCUUUUCAAGGAAGCUUAUUCCCUUCAGAAGCACUUAAUGGAAUUACUUGAUAUGGUCUGUAUGAAUGCUUCAGUGGGAGAAGAAGAUAUUUCAGAUAUGGUAUCAGUUAUUCAUUCAGUUUUGGGUAUCUGCUCUGUUAUUUCUGAUAUGGACCAAGCUUUUCAUGCCAACACUUGGAAGUUUAUAAUUAAGCAGAGCCUUAAGCAUCAGUCUGUGAUAAAGAGUCAGUUGAAGCACAAAGAUAUAAUUGCUGCUUUAUGUGAAGACAUUCUCUUCGCCUUCCAUUCUUGUUUACAGUUAGCUGAACAGAUGACACAGUCAGAGACACAGGAGAGUGCUGACAAUAAAUUAUUCCAUAAAAGAGUUAAAUUAUGUCGUUUCUUUGUCAAUUCCCUUUUGCACUACACUAAGGAAUUUCUUCCUUUUCUCUCUGAUUCUUGCUGUACACUACAUCAGCUUUAUCUUCAGAUACACAGUAAGUUUCCUCCAAGUCUGUAUGCUACGAUGAUUCCCAAGGCACAAGAGAAGGAAAUAUUAAGUGUAUUUCUAGUGGCUCUGGAUCCACUCAUCAGUCAAUUUUUAUCAUUCAGCCCUUUUGUGGAGACUGUAUUAGGAGACAAAUUAGAUCUAUCUUCUGAGCUACAGCUUCCACAGUGUCUCCUUCUAGUUAAUGUAAUGGACAAGCUACCUUCUCAGCCUGAAAAUGUACAGCAUCUGUGGUGUAAGAGAAGCCAAUUUUCUGAACAUAAAUCUAGGAUGUCUUUGCUUGAAGCCAUUUUUUACAGUUUUGAGCAGUGUUCGGGGGAGCUCUCUUUGCCUGCUAAUUUGCCAGAAGUUACAAGUAAAGGACAAGCUGAAAUGGCUGUCACUUUAUAUCAAUAUGUCUGUGUUCACUUGUGCACCUUCAUUGCUUCUUUUCACCCAUCACUGUUCCCUGAACUGGAUACCAUAUUAUUGAAUGCUGUACUUAAUUCUGGAAUGAUUACCACCUUAUUAGCUAUGGAUACAUGGUGCUUCUUGGCCCGGUAUGGGACUGCUGAACUCUGUGCCCAUCAUGUGUUCAUAAUAGCACAUUUGAUUAAGUCUUGCCCUGGAGAAUGUUACCAGCUCACUAAUUUGUCAAUUCUACUAAGACGAUUAUUAUUCCUCAUGGAUACACACCAUCAGAUGGAAUUUAUCCAGAGAUUUUCCCCUAAAGAAGCAGAGAAUCUGUCUUUGUGGCGGUAUAUUUCCUUCAAGGCUUUUUCUCCUGAAUUUAAAAGCCAAAUAGCAAAUGACGUUACUUUGGUGGGAAUUGCACAGUGUAAGAAAUGGCUAAACAGUAGUCAUACUUUGGGAGAACUUGAAUCUGUGAAUGUUGCACUCUCUGCUUUGCUUACUGUGUGUAAUUCUGUAAGUGAAGCUUUGGAAAUGGGCCAACAAGCAGGAGUCCUGGAAACCAUGAGUUCACUCUGGACAAUCCUAAAUGUUAAACAAGUCUCAAAUCAGCCUUAUCUUCAGUGGACUCUCAGCCUUUUACUUCCUCUCUUGGGAUUUUUUAUACAAGCUAUAGAACCUCAGCUGAUAAGUCAGGUGGUAAUUCUGCAGGCUUCUCUACUUAAAUUGGAUCCUCCUGACUAUGUCCUUUUGGCAAUUCUGGAUUUUGUGUCUUCGUUAGGGAGAAUUUUUAUUCCACAAGCUAUCCAGGAAAAAGUUUUACCUAGUUUGCCUUGCAUUUUUACCUUACUGCUAACUGAUAAGAGCUGGCUGAUAGAACAGCAUUCUUUGGAGGCAUUUACCAAGUUUGCAGAGGAAACAAACCAUGAAGAUAUAGUUCCACAAUGUCUGAAUUCUGAAGAAACUAAGAACAAGGUUAUAUGCUUUCUAGAGAAGAAUAGGCUGUUAGAUGAAACAGCUUGUGCCAGAGUUGAUCGGAUUAAAGAGGAAAAGGGAGUCUUAAAUGGACACUUUGUUAAAGUAAGGGUUGAAAGAGAAAGAAGUUUAUCAACUUUACAGCUGAAUUCUAAAGUGAACAGACAGAGAUUCUCAUUCACAGCCCUCUGCCAAGAGAAUACGGCAGGAGUUUUCCCUGGAAGAGGAGUACAGGUCAGCACUGCAAACAACAGAAGGGGCCUUAGAAGCAGUCCGGCUAUUGCUGCAAAGAUCUCCUGCCCCUGGUUGGCUAACAAUGAAACUAGAGGAGCUACAAACAAAGAUAGAUACACUAAAAAGUUGUACACAGCCUUCAGCUUCUCCCUGCAACAAGAACACAUGAAAUAAAAGUAUUUUAAGAAGAACUGAAUGGGCCACACUUUUAUUUUUGGAGCCAAAAUAUAACUUGGACCAGAUAACCCUUAACAACUAGAACAGGAAUUCUGAACCACUUUCCAAAGUUAAAAAUAACCUGAAACAUUAAGAAGGUAUGUAAAGCGCACGCACAACGAUGAAUGAACACUAGUUAUAAAUUCACUGAUGACAAAAGCAUAUCUAUUUAGUACGUUCCUGGGCUAGGAUAAAUCAAAAUUGAACUGUUAACUUUUUAACCUACUAUUAAAUGAAUAUCUUUUCAUGGAAAUAAUUACCAAAGCAGACUGGUUUGAGUUGCUAUAUAG